AUGGCUAAGCUUAACAUCCCCUGGUCGAAUGUGAACAGUGAGAGGGAUAUAAUCAAAGCGCUAAUGUGGAAUCGAUGGAUACUACGAAUUCUCGGAAUCUGGCCAUUGGUUUAUUCGAAUACUACAAAGAUCGAGAAAAUAUUAGCGACAAUAUCAUUCGCAUUAUGUUGGUCCGCGCUCAGUUUUCUUUUGAUUUCCAUGAUCAUUGUUACGCUAUCAAAACACAGUGCCACAAGCGAUAAAAUUAAAGUGUUAGGUCCGUUAUGUUAUGUGUUUGUCGUGACGUUGAAAUAUUUCUUCCUGAUUCUUCAUCAUAAAAGCAUCCAGCAAUGUAUUCGCAUACUGAGUAGUGAUUGGCGUACAAUCCAACAAGAGGAUCAUCGAAAAAUCAUGAUUAAAAACGCAGCGAAAAGUCAUGUGUUAUCCAAGUUUAGUAUAAUAUUCAUGUAUUGCGGAGGCUUGUGGUUUCAUGUCAUGAUGCCGUUUCUAUCACAUACUAUCAACAAGCAGAAUGUCACUAUUAAACCAAUGCCUUUUGCCGGCUUUGAUAACAUUUUUAACUUCCAUUUAAUGCCAGUUUAUGUGUUUGUUCUUUGCGCGCAAUGGUUUUCCAGCAUCAUAUUAUUCAACGUCACCACGGCAGUAUGCUGCUUAGCAGCCAUGUUCGUAUCUCAUGCUUGCGGCCAAAUCGAGAUCGUAAUGGAUCGCGUAGAAAGCUUUAGAAAAGGUGCACAAAGCAAUCACAUGAAGCAAUAUAUGGCAAUUAUUGUAAAACAUCACGUGCAAUCAUUGAGAUUUUCAGUUGACAUCGAUAAGAUUUUACGCGAAAUAGGUUUGGUUGAAAUAGUAGGAGCAACGUUCAUUAUAUGUUCGCUGGAAUAUUACUGCAUUACGGAAUGGAAUAACAACGAUAGCAUAGCUAUUUUAACAUAUUUCUUUCUAUUAAUAUCGUUUGUCUUCAACGUUUUCACGCUUUGCUACAUUGGUGAACAGUUAACAAGUCAGUGCAGUAAAAUUGGAUAUACUUCAUACGAAAUCGAGUGGUACCAUUUACCAGGAAAAAUUGCACUCGAUCUUACGUUAAUAAUCAGCAUAUCACAUCAUCCUGUAAAAAUUAGUGCAGGAAAAAUAGUUAGUCUUUCGUUCUCGAGUUUCGGUUCCUCUAUACGCAGAGAAAAGGAUGUCUACAAUUCGAGCGCAAGCGCAUGUCCAACGACCUUGCAAUCAAUGCCGCGCGCUGUCCAUCUCGUGCAGUCUUUAACAGCCACUGUGACCGCAAACAUGUCAAGUAUGCGCAAUGAGAAAGAUCCCAACUAUCAACAAGACAUUCAAUAUAUCUUCAAAUUAAACAAUUGGAUUCUGGGCUCGAUUGGCUUAUGGCCAGUCUCGUUUCAAGGCAUCGGACGACACGCGCCUAGGAUCGCGAUCGCGCUCGGUAAUUUCGCGUUAAGUUUCGCCAUGGUACCCUGUGCCUUGCACAUCGUAUACGACGAGAAAGACAUCAUCAUGAGAUUGAAACUAUGCGGCCUUCUAGCAUUCUGCCUCACCGCGAUGACAAAAUAUUGCAUCCUCGCGAUACGUCGCCCUAAAAUACUUCGCUGCAUCGAAUAUGUAAAGCAUGAUUGGUGGCAGGUCGGUAUUAUUAGUACUUAA